AGCAGCAAGGCAGAAAAUGUGAUUCAAUUAUAGCGGGUGCUUACAUGUAUCACAAAGGCUGCCCCAUCUGCACACACAGUUAAUGGAGCAACUCAAAAAUAUCCACAACUGCUGGACCAUGUCCAUCUCAAAUUCUCAGCAGCAUUAUAAAGUUGAACAUGGAAGGUCUAUUCCUGGCGGACAGUUUAACUGCCUAUAAAAUGUAUUCAAAUUAACAGCAGAGUAGCAGAGAUAAAUCGAGCAGGGUGUGCAUCACAGCAAUGUUCAUGGUCCCACAACUUUGAGUAGGAAAGGACUGCACAAUGUGGUGAGCGCUGAACACAGCAGGUUUGUCGCCACUCUGUGAUUAGAUCAGACACCCAGAUCACAGAAGAUGGCAUAUCUUGUAGACAGUUGGGAUGAAGAAGACAUCCAAGAAAUCAGGAAGCUUUUGAGUAAACCCCUGCCACAAACUGAACAUGGUCAUCUCAGGAGCGUUCUGAAGAAGAUUUUGCGCCAGGUCACCCGUGGUGUGGACAUGUCGCCUCUCUUCAUGGAUAUUGUCAAGCUCUGUGCUACAGUGGACAUUAUUGAGAAGAAGUUAGCCUAUUUGUACAUGACCACCUAUGCACACAAGAAACCUGAUCUGGCAUUGCUUGCUGUCAACACAAUACAGAAAGACUGUCGCGAUGCAAACCCAAUGAUCAGGGGAUUAGCACUCAAAACGCUUUGCUCUCUACGACUUCCUGAGCUGAUUGAGUACACCAGACAGCCCUUAUUGGCUGGGCUUCAGGAUAGGAGUGCUUACGUCAGGAGAGUGGCAGUCUUGGGCUGUGUGAAGAUCCACCACAUCAACCCGCAGUUUACAGAAGAUCAUGGUGUCGUCAACACGCUGUAUGAGAUGCUUAGAGAUGGUGAUGUUAUAGUUGUCACCAACUGUCUGUUAGCUCUGGAAGAGUUACUGCAGCAGGAAGGAGGGAUGGCCAUCAACCAGAGAAUAGCACACUAUCUGGUCAACAGAUUGUCCGAGUUCACCGAGUGGGGUCAGUGCUGCGUCUUGCCGUUGCUCUUGAAGUACAGACCACAAACUGAGGAAGAAAUGUUUGACGUGAUGAAUGUUAUAGACGUCUUUUUGAAGCAUACUAAUUCUGGGGUGUGCAUGGCCGCUGUACGCUUGAUGCUGCACCUUGCACGAGACUUGCCGGACAUCAGUCAAGAUGUUUAUAAGCGAUUGAAAGGCCCUCUUGUGAACCUUCUGAGCAGUGACAGGCCUGAAUUGGUGUAUGCAUCACUAUGCCAUUUGGAAUGGCUGAAUGGCAGGGCACCAGGGAAACUGAGCAAACACUACAAGAAAUUCUUCUGCAGAUACAAUGACCCGGGCUAUGUCAAGUUCAAGAAAGUGAAGUUGCUGGCAACACUUUGCACAGAGGAGUCACUGAAAGACAUUGUGGAAGAACUUAGUGUGUAUGCAACAGACAUCUCAGUCCAGCUAUCUCAGCUCGCUAUCAGUUCUCUAGGGCGACUUGCCAAGAUGAAUCCAGCCUUUGCCUUGCCUUGCGUUGAAGCCCUCUCAAGUCUCCUUUCCUUGCAUCUGGACUCAGUCUCCUCCCAGAUAUUGGUGGUUUUCCAGGAUAUUCUGAGCUACGAGCAUUUGAGGGACCACAUCCCAGGUCUGGUGGAGAGGUUGCCGGCUUGUGAGCAUGUCAUACAGGAACCAAGGGGGAAAGCAGCUCUGGUCUGGUUGCUUACGCAGCAUGGCCAGAACCUCUCUGAUGCUCCAUAUCUUCUGGAGAGCAUGAUCGACUCCCUGGAGGAAGAACCCAGCACGCUGGUCAAACUCAGCCUCCUCACGGCCACCACCAAGCUCUUCUUUGCUAGGCCAGCCGAGUGCCAAGACAUGCUGGGUAAAGUCCUGGAACACUGCAUCGAAGCAAGUGAGGAUCCUGAUCUCCAAGAGAAAGCACAAACCUACUACAGACUCCUGAGCAAAGAUGUACAGAAGGCCAAAGACAUCAUCUGCACAUCUCAACCACAGCUUCCAGUACCUUCUGCUUUCCAGGCAGCAGUCUCGGUGCUGUCAGAUCUCAAGCAUUUCAACUCCAUGUCUUUACUUUUUGGUGCAGACAAAUGGCAAGAAAUUCAGCAAUUGAAACUCGAUGGAGAAGCUGACGAUUACUCGGAAUCAGAAGCAUCGAUCGCUGCACCCAAACCUACCGAAGAGAGUACAGCAUCGGUGCCUGAGACAGGCCAACUGCUGGACCUGGAUGGGGUCACAACUGAGGUCUCGCCAGACGUGACCUCUGAAGUCGUACCUGAAGUCAAGUUCAUUCCAGCCGUCAGCUUGUCACCUGGGGAAUUUGAAGGGAAGUGGACAACAUGGCAGAGCAGUGAAGCCCGAGAACUACCGCUCUUGGAGUCAAUAUCACCGACAGAUAUCCACACUCGCCUGGAAGCGCUGGGCUGCAAAAUCAUGGCAACGACCCCGGAAGACUCCGAUCCCUGGAGGGCAUUCCUGUAUGCACAGGAGGCUACCAGUGGUCAGCUUUACCUUAUAGAAGUCAACCUCUGUCAAGACACUGACCUCCUGACUUUUGAGAUCAAGUGUGGAGAAGGCCAACAGUGCAUAGUACCUUUGGUAAUGGAAGUACUUCUUGAUGCAGUCUCGUAAAGGUACUGCACUUUCAGUGAAUAGUCUGGUAGGAAAAGUGCAAUAUUACUGUAAAGUCGAACUUGCAGAGUCGUAUAUGAUCAUCAUCUGGCAUUACCUGAAACUCAGUGAUGGCAGCCUUACCGUGUGUGCAGCACUGAACUGUGUUAUAACCACCAUUGUGAACUGGACCCCGCUAACUCAAGACGUAUGGGUUUCAGUCUCUGAUUGGUGCCCAAGGACAAAGGAACUGACCAAUCAAAAGGCUGCCAGGUGAAGGCUGGACAGCUCAGUUGGUUGAGCAGUCGCAUUACAUUUCAGAGGUUAUUGGUUCGAAUCCUGGGGUCGCUUUUUGCUCAGUUGAAAUGAAAAGUUGACUGAAACGUGAACCGUAUCCUUAGUGUUUAAAUGAUCUAUAAAUUCUAUUGUCUUCAUUUAGUCGCUUACAGUUUAUAUGGUAACAUUGGAUAUUCACAUAUCUGUUAACAAAAUUUAGGUUUUAUGUAGGAUCUUUAUUUUCCAUAAAUACUGGUAAAGUGAGCUUACAAAACCUGUUAAGAAUUAAAUAAUUUACAUAAACAACAUUGCUGUGCUGUGUGUCAAUAAAUAUGCACAUUUUUUACAAGUCCUUUAAAAAAAUGAAAAGCAGCAGUAGUUAAGCUUACCUAAUAAAAAAAAGUUAAAGUGAUCUACCCAAAGGAUUAAGAAAAUGACACUUUGUUCAAUUAUUGAUAAGAACCAGCUCUUUGGAUUAGAGCUACUCAGCACAUGACCGUGCACCGCAACUAACCAGAAAAUCUAAUGCAACAACUGCAACACAACAUGUACACCUUGUUUGGCCAUGAGAGGCCAGAAUGAAACUUUAAAAAUGCUUCGCAAGUAAUGCUGAACUGCCCUGCUGGAGGCACACUCCACAUAAAUCGGAACAUUUACUUAGUACACGGUAUCACAAAUGCUGUCAUGACAAUAAUGCUGAUGUGACACGAAGCUGAAGUAAAAGAGCAGAUUGAAGAGUAACCUUCCACAUUAUCAGAAGUACAGCAGCCUUCUUCCAAAUUUGUUUUUAUUGCUAAGCAGAGCAACAUGUGCUACCUGGAAUUAUUCUUUCUCCGUACAAAAACAACCUUGCUCUAAGGUUGUAUGUGACACAGAUAGUAUGCUGCAACCGGAGUGACAGAAUACCAACAGAAUCAUGCCUUGUAAUAUUUAACAAAUAUUUAAUACACGUUAAAAAGAAUAUCUAUGCACUAGUA